AUGCCUCUCUCAAUCAACAAUUAUCUUGAGUGCUGGCUGUACGAUUCCUUCUACCAAAAAGUUCCAGAUGGUAAACAACCUAAAAUCAAAGACAUGGUCAACAAGGUUAAGAGUACUAGGCUGCCUGAUCCGCUAAAAUCAAUCCCAUUUGCGAUCAUCGAAGAGAGAAUCCGAGAGGAUCUCGUUGUAAAGGCGACCUUUCGAAUUCCGCCCACUCCAAGCGAUCCUAUUGUAGCAAAGGCUUUUCCAAACUGGCAAUCCUGGCAUCGUAUUGGUCACCAGUCAAGUAUCCCUGUUGCCCCGAAAGGUGCAAAGGGACAAGCCCGAAACGUUAAAUCUCCACCGCCAGGAAAUCUACAUAAUCAAGGUCAACCUGCUUUUACGCAGAACUCAACUGCUGGCGGUCACGAUCGGGAUCGCGAUCGCGGUAAACAGUUUGGCAAGGGGAAGACACACACGUUCAGACCAGCUGUCUACCAUGCUAGGGCUAUCCCUCUGGAUUCCGUCGCCGCCACCGGCCAGCCUGUUUCUCAGGCACCGACUCAUAUGUUCCAUGGACAAUGGAAAGAUAUCCUUAGCAAUAACAACGCUGCAACAAUGUUUGACUGGGCUACAGAUAGCGACGCGAACGCCCAGGCAUCCAAUGAGCCCGUUAUCUCUUCGGCCCCACUCUUUACCUCAGAUGUUAUCCGCGUCAAUCCUACUGUUGACAACGCGCCCCCUGGCAGUAUCCAGUUUGCAAUCUUCGCCAAGCUUCACAGCUAUAGGGGAAGCUCACCAGGACCUGGUUUUCCAUAUCAAGAAGAGCUUGAAGAUGACAUGGUAUUUCUCAAUACCAAUGCUCCAUUCACCACAUUCAUCUGUGGAUUACAAGGAUCCGGGAAAUCCCACUCCCUUUCUGUUAUUAUGGAGAAUUGUCUUAUCCAGAACCCGGCAAUUGGGGUCCUCCAUCGUCCUCUCGCAGGCGUUGUCUUCUACUUUUCUCCAUUCACGCCCCUUGACGCUGGAAAACCAUGCGAAGUUGCCUACCUAGCCGCUCCAGCCGUUAACUCAACCGCUCCAAAUGGGUCCUACCUGGCCCGUGCGAGAAAGGUUACUGUCCUAGUGUCCCGAUCCAACCUUGAAAACAUGAAACGCGUUUAUGGAAAGAUUCCUGGGGUUACCGUUUACCCUCUACUUCUGAAGGCUAGCCAGUUGACUGCAAAAACAAUGUUGCACCUGAUGUCCGUCCAAGAGGAUAACACGUCACUCUAUUUGGCAGUUGUCACUCGCAUCUUGAGGGAUAUGGCGGCAGAAGGUGGCUUCAACUACGAAAAGUUCAAGGCUCUGCUUUCCACCGAACCAUUCUCUACAACUCAAUGGUCUCUCCUCGACCUUAGACUGGAGCUUUUGGAGUCUUUCUUGGGUGCCGAAGGAAAUCCAAACCCUUUUGACGCCUCUGAGGGAUCCAUCACUAUCGUCGAUCUUACCUGCCCAUUUGUUGACUCCGAAACAGCCUGCGUUCUCUUUUCCAUCUGCCUCGAUCUCUUCUGCUCUAGCCCUAGCACCACUGGUAAAAUCGUCGCUCUAGACGAAGCCCACAAGUUCAUGUCUCAAACCGCUUCCUCCCAACAAUUCGCCAAGUCUGUUAUCCAAAACAUUCGCCUCCAGCGCCAUCUCGGUCUCCGGACGGUAAUCAGUACCCAGGAUCCCCACGUUCACCCUGAACUACUCGAACUCGCCUCUUUCAUCGUCAUGCAUCGUUUCGAUAGCCCUCGUUGGUUCAACACUCUUCGCAAACACGUCGGUUUCCAUAAUACUAGUGAAAAUGGAGACACGGCCGAAGAUAUUGAAACUAGUAGACAGGCAGCCAGCGCUUUUGAAAUGAUCAUGAAUCUCAAUGCUGGACAAGCUCUCGUCUACUGCCCUCGUCUUAUGACUGUUGAUUAUCGUCAAAAUAACGAGAAGGUUGUUCGGCUUGGUACUAGGUUGAUCAGGAUGCAGGUAAGGAAGCGGCUAACUUUGGACGGAGGAGUUACCAAAACUGCUCUGUAA